AUGGAUGAUCAAAUACGCCGAUACAACGUGGAACGGUCGUGUCUGCGUUGUCACGAGCGGAAAGUUCGAUGUGACAAGGCCUCUCCCUGCAGCAAAUGUGUACGACUUGGCAUAGUUUGCCAAUAUCCUGGCCCCAGGAGAGUCAAGCGUCGACCUCCCAAAGCCACAGUGACCGAGGUGGUGACCCGGCUGGAACAGCUGGAACGGUCUAUCGCGACUUUGGGAAGCUCGGGACCUAGUCAGCGAGAUGCUUCACCUACUACUGAAUCUCGUCCUCUGGCCUCAAAGAAUAACAGUGCGCUAUCAAUUCGCAGGGCCCCAGAGGGCCGGCCGAGUCACCAUGGGAUCUUAGUGAAUGACGGCAGCUAUAUCGACGAGCCGCUUCUAUCCCGAGUACUGGAAAAAGAGAAAGAACUGCAAUCUGCCAUCGGAUCACCAAGCACUGACAAAACUGCACCGAGAAAAUUCCCUCCACUGAAAGUCGACGGGAUCAUCACAAAUCCGCAUUUAAUCAACAUGGAUUUGAAAGCCCUCCAGCCAGACCAGUGGCAGGCCACCAUGCUGUGGCAUACGUUUGUGAGCCGGGUUGAUCCUGUCCUCAAGGUGAUUCAUCUUCCGACUACAGUUACUCGCAUCUUUGGGGCCAUCAAUCGACCCGAGUCUCAGAAGUCGGAUGUUCACUGCCUACUAUUUGCUAUCUUCUUUGGUGCCACCACGGCCCGAUGCUCAGAUGAACCUGAGAAUGAGCAGCUACGUGUAGAUUUACGUCGAUAUCAACAGGGCUUGGAGCUUGCUAUGCAUCACUCAAACUUUCUGGACUACCCGACUUUGCCCUCGUUGCAAGCAAUGGCAAUUUAUUUGACAUGUCUGCGAUAUAAUAAUAGUGGUCGAUCUGGAUUUACUCUGCGCGGUUUAGCCAUCCGAGCAGCCCAAUCCAUCGGCCUCCACCGCGACGGAAAGCACUUCAAAUUAAACCCUCUCGAAUGCGAGCUUCGCCGUCGCCUAUGGUGGAAUCUAUACACAACUGAUGCACGAAUGGCAGAAGACCACGGAAUAACAGUGGCCGAACAAGAAUUCGGCGCUGACGCCGACCUCCCAACCAACAUCGACGACCUGAACGUCUCCGAAAGCUCCCAAGAACCACCCCAGCCCCAAUCUCGCUGGACAGAGAUGUCAUUCUCCCUCAUAAUCACCGAAAUCAACAAAAUGUGGAUCCCACUCAUGCGAGCGACCUCCGAAACCCGCGGCGCCUCAGCAGAACAACUAAUCAAAGAACUCAAAACAAACCUCCACGAAAGAUACCUUCAAUACAGCGACAUGGACAUCCCAAUCCAGCGCCAAAGCGUAAUGGUCGCCCAAGUCCUCAUUGGCAAAGCGGAAGUCCAUACACGCCAAAAAAUCCUCCAAAUGCAAGGCGCCGCCUCAUCAUCUGUUGACCAAGCCGCAACCGCCGAACUACUUGAAAUGGCCGUCAACGCCCUCGAACUCGGACUGGAAAUGUAUACCGACGAACUCCUUCGCAGCUUCCGCUGGCUCACUUCUACAUAUACCCAAUUCCACCUCCUCACCUAUAUUCUUUGGCACCUGUGUGUGUACCCGACGGGCGCAUAUGUUGAACAAGCUUGGCAUGAGGAUGAAGGCGUUGAGGAUUCGUCAGGCGCAUGGGGCGCUUGA